AUGGAAGCUAAUGAUCCUUCGAAAAUCCAUCGAGACCCUAACGAAUGCUUGAAGCUGAAACCAAAGAAAUCGAUUUUAAAGCAGCCGUCCGUUGACGAAUCGAAACGUCUGAUGGAAGAACGCGCUCGCUUUGACGAAAUGAAUAUCAUUGCCACAUAUCAUCCUCCAAAUAAAGACUACGGGCAUAUGAAGAUCGAUGAGCCUAAAACUCCGUACACUGGUUACAGUGAUAGUGAGGAGGAAAGCGACGGCCGGAAUUCGCGGAGGCGGGUGUCACUUGUCGGUGCAGUUGAUCCUGUGCAGUUAAGCGAAAGUCUAGAGACUUCUAUAAAAAAAGGUUUUUCGCCACGUGCUCAGUCUUCUGAUUUGGAUGAUGAAGAAGUCUUAACUCCGGAACAGAUAGCACAUAAACGUGAAUUUGAGAAGAAAAGGAAGUUGCAUUAUAAUGAGGGUGAGGCGUUACGUCGAGCUAAAGAAUUGCUUGCAAAGGAAGAAGAGAUGGAAUGA